AUGGGUCGUAAAAACGCUAAAACUAAUCCUAAAUCUCAUACAUUAAAAAGAUUUUCUAAACAAAAAAUGAGAAAAAAAUUAAGAGAUAUAUGUGCCGAAAAUCGCGAAAAGGCUGAAAAAGAAGCACAAGAAAAAGAUAUACCUGAAAAAGAAAUACUGCUUUAA